GUGCUUGCACUUGCCAGCCUGCUCUGUGACCCUCCACUCACACACACACCACUCAACCUGCAGCAAACUAAGACGUCUGCACCACAACCAGCAAACCAGCCAAAAACUAGAUUGCCACCCACGACGCCAGCUACCAGCGUUAAUCCCCAAACAAACUACGCCAGAGCAAUCCAUAUCCACACAAACCCCACCUACACGCGCACGCCCACAGACAGUCGUAUGUCCAUCGAGAACCUCAAGACCUUCGACCCGUUCGCGGAAGCGGAUGAAGACACCGGCCAGGUCAAGCAGACUCAGCAGGACUACAUUCAUAUUCGUAUCCAACAGCGCAAUGGCCGCAAGACCUUGACGACGGUCCAGGGUCUCCCUAAGAAGUUUGACCAGAAGAAGAUUCUCAAAGUAAUCAAGAAAAAGUUUGCAUGCAAUGGCACUAUCGUGACGGAUGCGGAAAUGGGCGAAGUCGUCCAGCUGCAGGGCGAUCAGCGCAAGGAUGUCCAGGACUUUUUGACCGACAAAAAGGAGGGUUUGGGUCUUGAUGCCAAAACUAUCAAGGUCCACGGUUUCUAGUCUUCCUCCCUGAUGGCUGCAAGCUCCCCGUCUCUCGUUAUACCGCCUUGCGCUGUCCGCGGGCAUGGGCGCCUGGCGCAGUUGCUUACCAGGUUCUGGCGAGUGUGCCUGAAUAUAGUUUAGGAAGAGAGGCUCGACGUGGGGGGUUGAUUCGUGCACACUAUUGUUUGGCUGUGGAAAGCUGAGGGUCCAUUGAUAGCUCAGUCAUGGCUUCAUACAUGAUUGUUACUGGCCAGCAGAAAUGACAAACAUCAUCAUGUCUGUCACUAUCCGUCUCAUCCUCUCGACGUCUUCAUUCAAACAACUGAGCAAGUCCACACGGGUAUUUCCAUCUUCUUACACAUGUACAACUACAGUAACAAUCGGCCUGUCCGUCAUAAUUUCCGGCUGAGCGUCAUGCACGCAACUACCCCGUCUGAUAAUCCAACAUCUUCCGGAAAUACUCCUCAUCCUGCUUUAACAGCUCGGGCGUCGUUUCCCGCGUAAACCCCCAAACCUUCCAAUCCUCCUCCACACCCCGAAUAACGCGCUUCUGCAACACCAAGUACUCCACGACCGUCGUCGGCACCUCGGUGUCAAAAAACACGUCGUUCUCUUGUGGCAGCUCCACACCAUCAACAUGACCUUCAGCUUUUGCCUUGCGCUCGCGCUGCAUCUGUUCGCGCGCGGCAUCUGGCAUCCAUGG